UUCCCCUCCGCAGCAUCGACGAGAGCAGCUACUGCCAGCUCUCUCAAGCUCGGCAACUGCGCCCCCGCGAACAGUCGCGACCGAGCCAUCGCACGCGACGCACACCUUCCGAGAGAUCUCGAGAGAUGCUGACGAAAUUCCUGGUGAUCCUGCUCUCGGCGCUGGCGCUGGCCCGAGCCGCCCCGGCGACGACUUACGACCAGCGCCAGGACGGCGACCUCAACGUCAAGGUCGACCUGGACAACUUCAUCAUCCUCGUGGCCAGGCCGAGCUCCAGCAUGGACGUGUUCGGCUCGUUGGCCGAGCUGUUCGCCGACGUGAAACGAGCCUCGCCCUCGGCCCAGGUCAUGGGACUCGGCGGGGCCCAGCAGUCGGAGCCCGAAGGCAAGACCAGUCCGGCGGCCCGGGACGAGCUCAAGCUGGACAAGAGCAAGGAGCUCGCCGACGUGACGCUGGACGAGCAGCAGCCCAAGGAGCCGGAGAAGCCCGAGGAGGAGAUGUUCCUGCUGGUCCAGGAGGGCGACAAGGCCGCGAGGAGCCUCGAGGACGUCGUCAGGACUCUGAGGAACCUUAAGGGCAAGGGGGCUCUGCUCGAGCGGGACGUUAUCGGCAAGGACAAGUCCAAGGUCGUUAAGUAUAAGUUCAUCGAGACGGCCGACGAUCCGCUGAGCUUGAAGCUCAUCGGGGACGCGGUGGAGAACUGCGGACCCGGACGGAGUCGCGAUCGCUCGGGCAUCUGUCAGGCGCACAAUUAGAUUUGUCCGUUAUUAUAAUAUAUAUGCUUAUCUUGCGCGGCGUUCAACGAUUAAUUAUAUACGUAUUAUUAAAUUAUUUAUUAUCGUUAUACACGCUUUUUAAUAUUGUUUCUCUUUUCGGUGCGAUGAAUGAUAUAUGUGAUUUUUUAUAUGAUAUAUAUAUAUAUAUAUAUUUUUUUUUAUACUUGGUUGUCAAAGUGUGGGAAUGGUGAUACCUAUAUACUUAUAUAUUAAACCAUAAUGUAACCAACGUCGAUCGUUGUAAAAUCAAUGGAUUCUUUAUCGGUGUUCGCGAGAACAAAAAAUUAACGACCAUCUUCGUUGACCCCGACAAAAAGUCGAAGACACAGAGAGCCUCAUUGUGCCAAAUGUGAACGAACCCAUUGAUUUUACGAUGAUGUAUCGCGAUAUAUUGCGAUGAGGGGCGGUAUUAUAAAUGAUGGAAAAAAAGGGAAGAGGAAAAAGGCGUUGCUCAUAUCGAUUUAUUUAUUUAGACCUGUAAGUUGUACGAGUCAUUUUUUAUUCAACUUUUUCAUUUUUGCACUUUUCGUGCAAAUAAAUAAUAAAGCGCUUCUGUAUCAGUUGAUCGUCGAUAUUAUAUUAUAUCAUCAAUAAAACUAUUUUCCGAAAUAAUCAUUCGA